CAUGGAAAACUUACCGCCUGUAACUGGUCGCCAUAUUGGCUGCAUGCUGGCGAUACGUUUUCGUUUAUCUUGCAUGAUUUCUUGAACAUUUCUUAAUCAAAAAUGCCAUCAAUCGAGGUACAGCAGCCGGUACCAGUGGAAGUAGAUUCAGAAGAACAGAAAGAUGCCCCUGGGUUGAGUGGAAAGCCUAUUGUUGGUAUAAUUUAUCCACCACCCGAGGUUAGAAAUAUUGUUGACAAAACUGCUAGCUUCGUGGCAAGGAAUGGACCAGAGUUUGAGACAAGGAUUAGGCAGAAUGAGAUCAACAACCCAAAGUUCAAUUUUUUGAACCCGACUGAUCCCUACCAUGCAUAUUACCAACACAAAGUCAAAGAGUUUAAGGAAGGGAGAGGUCAAGAACCAGCUGCUCCCAAGGCCAGUUUGGGUCUCGGCCUGCCAGUUAAACAACAGGAAGUGGUCAAAGCACCAGUCGUCCAGGAAAUUGUGCCUAAAGAACCACCCCCAGAGUUUGAAUUCAUUGCUGAUCCACCCUCUAUUUCAGCCUUUGAUUUGGAUGUUGUGAAGUUAACAGCACAGUUUGUGGCCAGGAAUGGGCGUCAGUUCCUUACCAACCUCAUGAACAGAGAACAAAGGAAUUAUCAGUUUGAUUUCCUCAGGCCCCAACAUAGUUUGUUCAAUUACUUCACAAAAUUAGUGGAACAAUAUACUAAGAUAUUAAUUCCACCAAAAGACCUGCUUAACAACCUUAAGAGGGAAUCGGAUAAUCCUAAAGUGGUCUUAGACCAAGUAAAAUAUCGAGUAGAGUGGCAGAAAUUCCAAGAAAGAGAAAAAAGGAAAGAAGAAGAGGCUUUGGAAAAGGAAAGAGUUGCUUAUGCUCAAGUGGACUGGCAUGAUUUUGUUGUUGUAGAGACGGUAGACUUUCAGCAUCAUGAGCAAGGUAACUUCCCUCCCCCAACCACUCCUGAAGAGGUUGGAGCUAGAAUGCUAGCCCAAGAGAGAGUUGUAGUUGGGCCGGGUGAAACUACAGAAGCUGAAAUGGAACUCUCAGAUGAAGAACAUGAAGAUGAUGAAGAAGAAGAUGAUGAGGGAAGGCCUUUACAAGAGGACAACAGACAAGUUCAGGAUAUGGAAGAAGAAUCAGAUGAAGAGGGUGAGACGCCCAGACCACCGAAACCUGUGCAGGAGAAGCCUCCUCUCCCACCCCAGCCCCCCAGUGACAAGCCCCAGCCACCCCCACUGCCACCCACCCCUGACCAGGUCAUUGUCAGGAGGGAUUAUAAUCCUAAAGCUGCUAAACAAGUUUCAAGCAAUGAGCCACCCUCAGACCAGUACUUGAUAUCCCCCAUCACAGGAGAGAAGAUCCCAGCCAACAAGGUGCAAGAGCACAUGAGGAUAGGGUUGUUAGACCCCAAAUGGAGAGAGCAACAGGAACGUACCAUUGCAGAAAGAAAAGAGCAAGAGGAGGUUUAUGCACCAGGAUCUGCCAUUGACAGCAGUCUGAAACAGUUGGCUGAAAGAAGAACUGAUAUUUUUGGUUCAGGUGCAGAAGAGACACAAAUUGGUAAAAAGAUUGGAGAGGAAGAGCAGAGAACUCGUGAAAAAGUCACCUGGGAUGGCCACACAGCCUCUAUGGAAAAAGUCACCCAGAAAGCCAGAGAAAACAUUACUAUUGAAGAACAGAUUGCUGUUAUUCAUAAAGUGAAGGGUCUUGUUGAAGAUGAAGAAAAGGAAAAGAUUGGUCCAGCAAUGCCCAAAGCAGGUGCUCCACCUUUACCCAAGCCUAUUAUGCCCACUACAACAAUAUCUAUGCCUAAGCAGCAGGCCCCUCCUCCCAGGCCACCGUCUCAGCCCAUUAGGCCCAGUGUACCCCCACAUAUGCCUCAGAUGCAACAACCUGGCAUGCUGGUAAUGCAGGCCAGGCCACCAAUGAUGCCACCUAGGCCUAUGAUGGGUGUGGUGCGGCCGCCAAUGCCUCCUAUGCCUCCCAUUCAGGGUAUGGCACCCAGACCGUUUGUCCCCCCUCCCCCACAACCUGUCCAGCCUGCACCACAGCCUACAGCAGCUAAGACUGAUGAGGAGCCACCAUCAAAGAAAGCCAAGACUGAGGAUCAGUUAGUUCCAGAACAGGAAUGGAUCAGAAGAUUUGGCAAGGGUCCAGUGUUAUUCAAGGUACAGAUCCCCAACGUUCCAGAUAAGCCAGAGUGGAAGUUGACUGGACAAUACUUGACCUUCUCCUUCCCUUUAACAGAUUCUGUGUCUGUUAUUAAGGCUAAAUUACAGGAAGAACUGGGUAUGCCAACAGGAAAGCAAAAAUUACAGUAUGAGGGCAUUUUCAUCAAGGACUCCAAUACUUUAGCCUAUUACAAUUUCAUGAAAGGAGCCACAGUAACACUUCAACUCAAAGAAAGAGGAGGAAGAAAGAAGUGAUGGCUUGAGCAUGUUCAGAACUUUGGAUUUGAUUACAUUCAAUCAUGUUUGAUAAUACUGGAUUUGACACUACAUUUUGCAGAGGACUGAUUAAGAAUUUCUGAAAUUGGAAAAAAGAAUUACUAUACAUUUUUCAGUUAAUGUAACAAUAUAUUCUGCUUUUCAACUUCCAGACGUAGCAUUAGACAUUUUCUAAGACAGUUUGUAUUUGAUAAAAGUAAUUGUUACGCAGUCUAAAUUAAAAACUCGUCCUAUACAACAUGGAGUGUGAGCAGAGGCAAAGAAAUGCCAGCAGUGGCUGAUAUUUGACUUAAGUAGCAUCGUUUCAUUUUCAGUGGAGGAUUUAUUGUAUGUUGUACUGUGUAAAAGAAAGAAAAUAUAAAAAAAUUUAAAUGGCAGUUUAUUUUUACACCUAGGAAAGAAAAUGCUGUCAAAUUAAGUCUUAGCAUAUCAAAAUUAAAAACAUUGCCCUACAAAAGAUGUACAACAAGAAACUCAAGUUAAAAAUUAUAAACCAAUUUUCUAAGAAGUGCUCAAAAGUAAGAAAGACACCUGAU